AAAAAAACCCAAAAAAACCAAAAAAAAAAAGAUUAAUUUCUCACUGUUAAAGUUAUGUUGUAAAGUUUAUUAAUAUACCUUAUAAUUACUUCUUUAAACAAAUGGUUUUAAUGGUUAGGUCUUUUGGAAGUACAAUGACUUUAUUCAAAUGGCUAUUAGUUUCAGUACUCAUGUUAUUAUCCACAUUGGCUAUUUAUUAUGUGGAUGCUAAACCGUCUUUUCCAAAUGACAUGACUUUAUAUCAACAUAAACAAAAUUUAUUAUUAGAUUCUUCACAAAAGGAAAGGAAAAAUAGUUCACCAGUAUCAGAUAAUCUUUUACCCACCAAUUUAGUACUUGUAUCUACAUUAGAUGGUUCUAUUCGUGGUAUAGACCGUUUUCAAGGCAAUGUGCAUUGGACCUUAAAAGGUGGUCCUGGAAGUUCACUCAUUAAAUCGACAUCGAAUUUCGAGACACACAGAUUAUAUAAAUCUUCUAUCUCUGAAGACAAUAUAAGCGAUAAUGAUGAUAAUAACGAGUUAUUUUUGGACACUUUUAAUGAUAUCCUUACUAAUAGAGACGACUCUGAUGAAUUCAAUGACGAUCCUGAAUUUAAUUUACAGCAGCAAGAAUGGGAUGAAGCUGAAGAAACUGACAUUUAUUAUAUUAUCGAGCCUCAAAAUGGUGGUAUUUUAUAUGUUUAUGGCGAUGGUAGACCUUUAGAGAAACUACCUUUUUCUAUUGAAGAUAUAGUUCAUAAUUCACCUUUUCGUACACCUGAUGGUAUAACUUAUAUUGGUCGAAAGAAUACAUUAAUGAUAGAAAUAGAUCCAAGGAAUGGAAAGAUUUUGCAGCAAAUAGAUUUAAAUAAAGUAGAUGAUCAAUAUCGUAUGGCUUCUCAAACUCAAUAUCCAGCUAGAACUAUAUUCCUUGGCAGAAAUGAAUAUAAAGUGGCUAUUUACGAUGAACAUUAUAGAAAGUUAUGGAAUACAACUUAUAUUGAAUAUAUUCCUAAUAAGUUUGAUUGGGAUGUGCCCAUGAAUACAGUUCCUUCAGAUAUUUAUGUUGCGCCAGAUGCAAGCAGAGCUAUCACUGGGAUAAAUCUUCAUGACGGUAACUUGAUAUGGACAAGAGAUUUACCUUAUCCCGUUGUUAGUGUCUUUGAUGUCUAUCGUAGAGAAGAUUAUACUUUCGCUGUAUCUAAACAGGAUCCACCUAAAUCACUUUCAAAGGGUGCAGUAGGUAAUAUGCUCAACCUCAUGAUGUCCUUUCGUAAACACCAUAUUGCAACAGCCUAUGUAGGCGUUCAUGAAGGUAGCUUAUAUGCUUUAUCUACAAAGAAUUAUCCUCUUGUCCAAAUUUCACCCUGGGCUUCAAUGUAUACUGGCAGACGUCCUGGCGACACUAGUCAGUUAAUUGAAGGUGGUGCUAAUAAAAUAUUAGAUGAUUCUGACUCAUCCACAUUUGAAUGGACUCAAAAGCCUCAUGAAAUGUGCUGUCAUGGUUGUGAAUAUCAUACGGAUUGUUUAAUUGGUCAGCAUGUUGUUCAAUCUUUACUUGAUGAUGUAGAUGAAGAAGAUCAUAAAUAUCAUCAUUACAAACUUUAUAUACCUCCUUCUUCAAACACUAUUUCCUCUUCCUCUACACCCUCUUCAACACCUACUUCACUCCAUUCUACCAUUCCUCGUUAUCAUUUAGACAAUCUUCAAGAUUAUGUAGAGCCCAAGACUGGAUUCUUUCAUGAGGGGCUGGGUAAAUUUUGGAAGAGUUAUAUUCUGGUUACAUCUGUCAUCGUCUAUAUUUAUCGAGACCGUGUUCAGACAUUCUAUCAAGUCAAGGUACUACCUCGUUGGAAACAAAUGAUGAAGAAACAUGCUAAGGCAAAAAGAACAAGAGCAAGGAUUGCGGCAGCGGCUCGAGCAGAGAAGGAGAGAAUUAAGAGAGAACGUGCUGAUUCGUUAACCUCUGUAGAGAGCUUUGAUGCAGAUAAGUUUAUUCAUGAGCGGUUAGCAGAAGCUCAGAAGGAAAGAUCCAAUCCCAUUGAGGAAAUAAUUCAAGAAGAGAAAAAAGUAACGGAUGAAAAGGAAAAAGAGGAAGACAAAGACAAGUUAGAAAAUGCCUCAAAGAAAGUGAUGAUUGUAAAGAAAUCAUCCACUGGAUUAGACCUUGAAAGUUUUAAACAAUCAAAAUCUCAAGUCCUAGAGAUAUCGGAUACUGUCCUUGGCUAUGGUAGUCAUGGUACAGUGGUCUAUAAAGGUAAGUUUGAUGGUCGAGAAGUGGCUGUUAAACGAUUAUUAUUGGACUUUUAUGAUGUUGCUCUAAAAGAAGUAAAAUUAUUACAAGAGAGCGAUGAUCAUCCUAAUGUAGUCCGGUACUUUUACAAAGAGGAAUCAGAUCGAUUUUUGUAUAUUGCCCUUGAACUUUGUUUUGGUUCGCUAAAUGAUUAUAUGGAACGAACUCUGUCUAUACCCGAAAUGCAAUUAUGUGAUAGGAUGGAUCCUGCCAAUAUCUUGCUUCAAUUCACCAAUGGUCUUCAAUAUCUUCAUUCCCUGAAAAUUGUCCAUAGAGACAUUAAACCUCAUAAUAUCCUUUUGACUCCUAGCAAACAUCGUAUCGCAAAGGAUUCUCCUCCAAUGCGAGUGCUUAUCUCUGAUUUUGGUCUUUGCAAAAAACUAGACGGUGAACAAAGUAGUUUUAAUUAUACUGCCGCCUCUCCCGCUGGCACCUCAGGAUGGAGGGCACCCGAGUUAUUAGCUGGCGUUUUAGCUGCUUCUCCAUCCGAUGGUAGUGCCAGUAGUAUACGUGAUUCAUCCUUGGAUCCAAACAUGAUGAUGGGUCGAGUGAAAGCUACACGUGCUAUUGAUAUAUUUUCGGCAGGCUGUGUUUUCUACUAUGUCUUGAGCAAUGGCGAUCAUCCAUUUGGUAAUCGUUUUGGACGUGAACAUAAUAUCUUGAAUAGUAAUUACGAUCUAAGUAAACUGGAUUCAAUGGGAGAAGAUGGAGUUGAGGCUAAGGAUUUAAUAGAAAGAAUGAUUUCAACUGAUCCCAAGUCAAGGCCUAAUGCAGAUACUAUUUUAUCACAUCCUUUCUUUUGGUCCACGUCUAAACGACUUGCUUUCUUACAGGAUGCUUCAGAUCGUUUCGAGAUUGAGGAGCGUGAUCCGCCCUCACCUUUAUUACAACAAUUAGAAUCCAAUGCUGCUAAAGUGAUUGGUCACGAUUGGUAUAAGCGUAUAGACCGUGUUGUAGCCAAUGAUCUUGGUAAAUACAGAAGAUAUGAUGGUAAAACCAUCCGAGAUUUAUUAAGAGCUUUAAGAAACAAGAAACAUCAUUGGCAAGAUUUACCUGAAGCAGUCAAGAAGGUGUAUGGUGAACCUCCUAAUCAAUUUUUAUAUUAUUUUACUACUCGAUUCCCUCAUUUGCUUUUACAUACCUAUUAUGUCGUUUCAAACCAUCCUACUUUAAAAAAGGAAGGUUCACUUGGACAGUAUUUUUAAAUACAUAAUGUCCUUUAUAUACAUAUAUAUAUAUAUAUAUAUAUAUAUAUAUAU